UUGUACAGGGGAAAUUCAUAUUACAAAGAAUUGAAAUAUGACGUUGUCUCACUCCAAUCUCAAGGAUUUGACGAACGAUCGGUCGUUUUGGUCGAAAUGAUUGAUGGCACAAAACUUAAAAAGCCAAAAGUCAAACCCCAACAAAACGAAGAAGAUGAUUUUGUUGAGGAAGUCAUGUCCUCUCUCUCACAAAAUGGAGUAAUUGAUUUUGAGUAA